GAGGGAAGGAAGUAACGAGAGGGGAGGGAGGGAAGCCAAAGGCAGCCCUCCUUGACACUCUGCUCACAGGAUCGGAGACGGCGUCCCAGAUCAAUAAGAGGGUCCCCUCAGUGAAACAGUGUCCCAGGACGCAUCUGCAUUGGAUGUGGAAACUAGCAUGUCCUGGUUCGGAGGUACUCUGCUUGGUGACCACAAAUCCAGCUGGUCUGAAUCUACGCAGCCCCCUCCUCAUCCAUCUCCCACCCCUGAUGAUGCCUUCCGCCCUGGCCAUUGUGGGGCAUUAUCCCUCAGCUGCUGGGCCGAGCCAGUGACAGAGCCUGCUCUGCCACUCUCUUCCCCGGGAAAGGAGGUGGGAGACCACAGCCCAUCCAAAGGGGAGGAGUCUCCUCUUCGCCCUGGUUCCCGAGCGGAAAGUGAGGGGGAUGUAGGGCGGCCCGUCUGCCCCUCCCUGUGGCAGAGUGUGCGGAGGGUCUUCCUCUCUAAGCAGUUCAAGUCUGAGAAGCUGGAAUCUCUCUACCAGCAUUACCUGCUGCGCCUUAACCAGGGCAGCCUCACCAUGCUGCUGGCCCUGCUGGCACUGGCAUGCGGCCUCCUCACCGCCCUGCAUUGCGCCCAGGGGCCCCUGCGGGCCCCCUACCUGGGUGUGCUGUCGGCCGCCGCCACCCUCCUGCUCCUGCUGGCAGGGGCCUGCAGUCUCGGCUCCAGCCCCCAGCCUGACCGGGUCAACCUGGCCUGCUACCUGGUGGUGGGGCUGCUGCUGGCGGUGCAGGCGGCCCUCCUGCUCACGCUGCGGCCCCCCAGCCCCUCUGGCGGCCUCUGGUGGUCUGUCCUCUCCAUCCACGUCGUCUAUGCCAUGCUGCCAGUCCGCACGAGGGUGGCAGUGGUCAGCGGCACCCUCCUCUCCACCCUGCACCUGGCUGUGUGCUGGUACUGCAACCGGGAGGAGCCCUUCCUCAGGAAGCAGAUGCUGUCUAACUUGCUGAUCCUCGUGUGCACCAACAUUGUCGGCAUGUGCACGCAGUACCCUGUGGAGGUGUCGCAGCGGCAGGCAUUCCGUGAGAGCAGGUCUUGUAUUCAAGCACGCCUGCACUCCGAGCGUGAGAACCAGCAGCAGGAACGCCUCCUCCUCUCCAUCCUGCCCAGACAUGUUGCAAUGGAGAUGAAGGCCGAUAUCAGCAGCAAGAAGCAGAACCUGAUGUUCCACAAGAUUUACAUCCAGAAGCAUGAGAACGUCAGCAUCCUGUUUGCUGACAUCGAGGGCUUCACCGGACUGGCCUCCCAGUGCACAGCUCAGGAGCUGGUCAUGACCCUCAAUGAGCUCUUCGACCGCUUCGACAAGCUGGCAGCUGAGAACCACUGUCUAAGGAUUAAGAUUUUGGGUGACUGUUACUACUGUGUGUCUGGGCUCCCUGAGGCUCGAGCCGAUCAUGCUCACUGCUGUGUGGAGAUGGGGAUGGACAUGAUUGAGGCCAUAUCGCUGGUGCGCGAGGUCACGGGAGUCAACGUGAACAUGCGUGUGGGGAUCCAUAGCGGAAGAGUUCACUGCGGAGUCCUGGGGCUCCGCAAGUGGCAAUUCGAUGUCUGGUCCAAUGAUGUCACACUUGCCAAUCAGAUGGAGGCAGGGGGCAAAGCAGGGAAAAUCCACAUCACCAAGGCCACCCUGCAGUUCCUGAACAAUGAUUACAAGGUGGAGCCUGGUUACGGAGGGGAGAGGAAUGCCUACCUCAAGGCGAACUGCAUCGAGACAUUCCUGAUCGUUGGUUGCAGCCAAAAACAGAGGAGAAAGAAGGCCACGUUGGCCAAACUGCUGCAAGCACAGACUCCCUCCACAUCCAGCCAAGACUCCUCAUUGGAGUCCAACAGACAUGUAGAUCUCCACAUGUCCCACCAACCCUCCCAGGACCUACACAGAGAGGGAAUCAUGGAUUACAUCGGAAAAGAAAAGGAUGCCCAGGAGACCAUAAACCCCGAGGAGGAAGUGGACGAGUUCCUGGGCCAUGCUAUCGACGCCUGGACCAUUGACCGCCUGCGUUCCAAGCAUCUCCGCAGGCUGAUGCUCACCUUCUACGACCCCAAGCUGGAAAACAAGUACGCCAAUGAGGUGGAUAACAGCUUUGCUGGUUACGUAGCCUGUGCCCUGCUGAUCUUUGCCUUCAUCUGCUCUGCGCAGAUAGUGAUCGUCCCACAUUCCCCCCUGAUGCUGGGCUCCUUCCUCUGCUGCUCCCUGAUGCUGGUCGGCAUCCUGUACAUCUGCACCAUCUACUCUUGUUACAGUCCGCUACAGCACCUUUCCAUGAAGAUUGUGCGGUCACGGGCCAACAGCACCGCGGUCGGCGUCCUCAGCAUCGCCCUGCUCUUCCUGGCUGCCUUUGUCAACAUGUUCUCCUGUAGCUCAGAGGAUCUCCGUGAGUGUGUGGCUCGGAUUCACAACGUGUCCCCGCAGAUGGUCAAUGCCUGUUCCCUCCGCUCCCUUAACAUCACCCUGGGGGAUGAGAAGGAUCUGUGUGGGGGAGGCUUCCCCAACUGCAGCUUUCCCGAGUACUUCACCUACAGCGUUAUUCUCUCCCUGCUGGGAUGUGCUGCCUUCCUCCAGAUCAGCAGCGUUGGGAAGCUGGUCAUCAUGGCGGUCAUCGAGGGCAUCUACAUAGCCAUUGUCGAGGGGCCCAAAGUCAAACUCUUCAACAACUUUGACCUGCUGGUCAUGGCCAACACCCUGACGAGCAACGACACUAUGGCCUGUGAGGAGCUGGUGCCUAAGGUGCCCCUGAGGUACAUGACCCCGGUGGUGCUGUUGCUCUUCAUGUUGGUCCUGUUCCUGCAUGCACAGCAGGUGGAAUCCAAGGGCCGGCUGGACUUCCUCUGGAAGCUGCAGGCCACCGAGGAGAAGGAGGAGAUGGAGAAGCUCCAGUCGUAUAAUCUGCGCUUGCUGCACAACAUUCUGCCCAAGGAUGUGGCCGCCCACUUCCUGGCACGCGAGCGCCAGAACCACGAGCUCUACUACCAGUCCUGCGAGUGUGUGGCCGUCAUGUUCGCCUCCAUCAGCAACUUCUCCGAGUUCUACGUGGAGCUGGAGGCCAACAACGAGGGCGUGGAGUGUCUGCGGCUCCUGAACGAGAUCAUCGCUGACUUUGACGAGAUAAUCAGUCAGCAGCAGUUCAGGCAGCUGGAGAAGAUUAAAACCAUUGGCAGCACCUACAUGGCUGCCUCGGGACUCAACGACGCCACCUACGAUAAGGUGAACAAGACCCACGUCACAGCGCUGGCCGAUUAUGCCACUCGGCUGAUGGAGCAGAUAAAGUACAUCAACGAGCAUUCCUUCAACAACUUCCAGAUGAAGAUCGGACUGAACAUUGGCCCGGUGGUUGCGGGAGUGAUUGGGGCUCGGAAACCUCAGUACGACAUUUGGGGGAACACGGUGAACGUUGCCAGUCGCAUGGACAGUACCGGAGUCCCCAACAAGAUCCAGGUGACAGGUGACAUGUACCAGGUCCUGGCAUCCAAAGGGUACCAGCUGCAGUGUCGAGGUCUGGUCAAGGUCAAGGGCAAGGGGGAGAUGUUGACCUACUUCCUUGGACCACGCACCUGCCCCAGCUAGCUAUAAGCAAGGGGUGUGGGGGGUGUGAGUGAGACCACCCCCCACAAUGCCCCGCUCUACCCCUUAGCGGGGGUGGGGCCAGAUCAAGGCAAUGAUCAAGGCUGCCUCACCAGAUACAACCUCUUCUGUGAAGAACUCAGGUGCCAAACAUGGAAGAAGCUGGUGGUGGGUGGGAUGGGCAGUCAGUCCCAGACCAUCCCCAGGGGAAUUAUUUAUUUAUUCUUCUGCUGGUUUUUUCCCUACAGUUUCCUCUCCUCUCUUCGCCUUUCUCUAUAUUCUCUCCUCAGGCCCAUGUUCCAAACUCACUCUCCCUCUCCCCUCAUCAUCCCCUCUCUCUGACCCCCAUUUUUGCUCUCCCUUUUUCUUAAAUCUCCCUCCCCUUGCCUUGCAUCCCUUUUCUACCCCUUCCUCAUCCCUUCCCCUCCCCCUUCACCCCUUUCCCCAACCUCCCCAUUGCCUCUCCCUGGAGGACUGCCUACAGUACAGGAAGCCCUCAGAUUUUGCUAAUAGGGAACAGGAGGUGUGUAGGAAGGGGACCAUGAUCACUCAGUGACUGGGGAUUGUGUCUGGUCUUGGUACCAAAUCCCACUUCUCAAGUCCUGUUUGUCUGUCAUUGCCAAAGCGAGGGUGAGGGGUUUUAUAUCAGUGUUUGGGGGAGGGUUAGGUGUGGGGGUGUUUCUAUAGGGAACAGGUGGUAUGGCCUGAGAGGAGGGGGCUCUACAAUAGGAAUUGCAAAAAAUAAAGACCUGUUACCUUUACCAACCUCUGUCAUUUGGUUCAUCAUUGGGCAGACCAGUGAAGGAGGGGCAAGGAGAGAGGAGAUGGAGGAAAGGGAUGAGGGAGAGGAGAUAAGACCAUAAGACAUGAGAGCAGAAUUAGGCCAUUCAGCCCAUUGAGUCUGUUUCACCAUUCCAUCAUGGCUGAAGCAGUUGCAAAGUCUUUGCUGAUAAUAAAGUAAAUGAAUUAACUGGGCCCAGAACACACACACUCUUACAACUCAAGUUCAAGUCCAUAGGAGCAGAAUUAGAUCACUUGGCCCAUUGAGCUGGCUCUGCCAUUCUCCUGUUUUCUUGCUAUCACCUUUGACACCCUUACUAAUCAAGAACCUAUCAAUCUCCACUUUAAAUAUACUCAUUGACUUGGCUUCCAUAGCCGUCUAUGGCAAUGAAUUCCAGAGAUUCACCAUCCUCUGGCUGAAGAUAUUCCUUCUUCUCUCUGUUCUAAAGGGACGUCCUUGUGUCCUGAGGCUGUGCUCUCUGAUUCUAGACUCACCCACUAUGGAAAGCAUCCUCUCCAAGUCCACUCUAUCUACGCCUUUCAAUACUCGAUAGGUUUCAGUGAGGCCCACUCCCCCUCAUUCUUCUAAUCUCCAGCAAGGACAAGCCCAGAGCCGUCAAAUGCUCCUCAUGCAUUAACCCUUUCAUUCCCAGAAUCCUUCUCAUGAACCUCCUCUGGACCCUCUCCAAUGUCAGUGCAUCCUUUCUUGGAUAAGGGGCCCAAAACUGCUCACAAUACUCCAAGUGCGGUCAGAUGAAUGCCUUAUAGAUAGAUACGUUAUUGAUCACUAAGGAAAUUACAGUGUCACAGUAGUAUUACAAGUGCACAGUAGCAUAAGGCCUAAGGCCUCAGCAUUACAUCCUUGCUUUUAUAUUUUAGUCCUCUUGAAAUGAAUGCAUUUGCCUUCCUCACCACUGACUCAAACUGCAAAUUAACUGUAGUGGUAGUUAUUAGUGUUAUUCCUAUCUCACUAAGUUAACCACUCCCACAUGGGAGGAAUUCACAUAUUGUACAAGCAGUGUUAUCAAUAAAGUUUGGUU